AAAGGAUGUUUAUGUAUGAUCUGCAUUAAUAAUGUUGUAUAUUUUUUCUUUCUUUCUCUUUUUCUCCUUGCAGUUGAACCUGUUGAUGCUCGGCCCAUUCCUGACAGAGGACUGCCCACUCGCCCAGUGUCUGGGCUGAAGCCAGAGGACGUUCCUGAGCUGAGGAUGGAGGCGGAGGAGAGACACAGUGCUGGAUAUGAAGUGCACCACCAGAAGCUGGUGUUCUUCGCCGAAGACGUCAGCUCCAACAAGGGUGCUAUUAUUGGCCUGAUGGUUGGUGGAGUCGUCAUAGCAACCGUUAUUGUCAUCACCCUGGUGAUGCUGCGAAAGAAGCAGUACACAUCCAUCCAGCACGGGGUGAUCGAGGUGGAUGCUGCCAUCACUCCAGAGGAGCGCCACCUUUCCAAGAUGCAGCAGAAUGGCUACGAGAAUCCCACUUAUAAAUUCUUUGAGCAGAUGCAGAACUAAGGCUCUGGUUUGCUAAAGCUGCAGCCCCCUCACCCCCAACCCAACCCCCCACUCCCCUUCCUCCUCCUCCUCCUCCUCCUCCUUACCCCACUCUGGACAGUGUAGGGAAGGACUCGCUCCACGUAGUCCCCAUUGUCUAGCACGCUUAUUCACAAUUGGCCAUUUUCUGCUCAAAAAAAAUAAUAAACUGCAUUUUUAAUUGGCUGGACGGUCAGUUGAUGACCCAAAUGGACCCAUGUUGUUUUCCUGCAUGAAGAGGAAGUGCCCUUAGGCACUGAUUCAGGGUCAGGUGUUGUGGUGACUUUUCAUCAAGAGUAGAGCUUGGGUAGUGGGUAGGUUUAGCUGAUCCAUGGUCCGUGUUUAAGGACAUAAUGUUCCCACGCUGUCCAUUCCCGUUCCCAUUCCCACACUGCUUCAUCCGAUCCACACUGGGAUAUAAUGGGAGGCUGUUAAAGACUUUAAAACACUACUUUUCCCUUUUUUCUCCCUUCAUCCCCCCCUUUCCUCACCCACCUACCCCGUCUUCUUUCGCAUCGCUCAUUCGCUUUGAUGACAGCUGUGCUGUGUUUGAUUACGCCAGGUUGUAAAGGAUGAAAUCACGAUGACAAUAACGAUUACAGUGAUGACACUUAUGUAUCUCUUGAACGAGCGCUUUAUUUUAAGAGUGUUUGGGUUUUUUGUUUUUUUUUUAUUUCUUCUUUUUUUUCCAAGAAAAAUGAAAAAUAUUUGUAAAAAGGAGAGAAAGAAAACUGACUAAAUGACUAAAAUACUCUUUUUAGUUGCAUCUAAUGUGUCGCCAUACUGCAAAAAGAAAAAAAAAAGAGCUAGCUGUAUCUAUUUAGUGCAUGACGAAAAAUACAUGAAGAAAAGAAAUCUCUCUUCUGCUGUCUGGAUGGGUCUUUAAUCACGUAGAGAUAACCGCGUAAUUAGGGGCGUUCACAUGCACUCAAAAAUCAGUUCAUAAUUAGAUUACAGUUCGGAUUGCAGUUACUGUGAUUAUUCAGUUAAACAGCAUACUCUGAUUUCUUAGAUUGGAGUAGGAUCUAAAAAAUCUGAUUAAUAAAUCUGAUAAAGAGAGCUGGAUUUUUGCUCAGUAAUUGGAUUUAUCGGUGCAUGUAAACUCUAAAACAGAGUAUAGGAUCUUGGAUUUUUGUGUCUGCAUAUGGUUCAGGUUUUGCGCCUGAUUCUGCGAGAUGAUUGGCUGGUUGCGAUCUCUCCUGCAAAUCUGUUUAUUGCCGGACUGCUGUAAACACUUUGAUCAGAUUAUUGAUUAUGAAGUGCAUGUGAACACACUUAUUUUCAGCAGGGUUUUUAACAUUUAGCAUCUUCUUGUGAAAACUAAUAAAUGAAGAAUAGGCAUAGUUGAAUUGGCUUUCUGUUUUGGUAUUGCAUUCUCACGAUUGGUUGAAGAGGUCAGUGAUUUUGUUUGGAUGGAUUUUCUUUUAUUUGAGAUUUUUAUUAUAAUUUUUUAAACUUUGCUAAGUUCCUCCAGCUACUGGGGGCUGGAUAAAUCUGUCUGUGUAUAUUACGUCUUUUCUGUUUUAUUCUAUUAGAUUUUUUUUUAUUUCCUAUGCAUUUCUGAGAUUUAUUUCCUCGCUCUGCCGACCUGCUCUUUAUUUAAUUUACGAUUCCCAUUUGGAUUCACAUGUCAUGUGGUUGUAUGUGUUUUGUAAUGGGGGGUUUUCAGGGUCUGGGGGGUGGGAGGUUGGGAGGUUGGGAGGGUGGGGUUAUUCACUGUAUGUACUGUUGUAUGUACAUGUUGUUUUCUCCAGUCAGCUUUGUGUUU